AUGGACACUUCAGCAGGCGAGGAUAAAGCUGAAAGAGGACGAGCACCACACAUCGCUCAGUUGUCAACGGCGUCAGACAUCGAAGUAGCGACUGGAGACAAUAUCCAGGAACUGGAACAUGUUGCAGCCAAACUGCCAGCACGGGUCUGGCUUGCCGCAACGAUUGGAAUGGCGGAGCGGUUUGCAUACUAUGGCACGCAGACUCUCUUCCAGAACUAUCUCCAGAACAGUCCAGACGAUCUUAUACCCGGCGCAAUGGGAUUAGGAAAGUCUCGUGCUACCACUAUCAAUUUGGCUUUUACUGUUGCAGUCAACCUGUUGCCAUUACCAGCGUCAGUCCUGGUUGAUGGACAUCUAGGGAGAUAUAAGGCUUUGCAGAUCUUCACUGGAAUCUAUGCUCUAGGGUCUGCAAUUCUGUUUGGCACCUCAUUCCCCUCAGAGAUGAGGAGUGGUGUUGCUCUUAUAGGCUUCAUUUUGGGAAGUAUUCUAAUCGCAGUGGGACUUGGAGGUGUUCAAGCUUCAGUGCAGCCUUUUAUUGCGGACCAAUAUACAGAGCAAAGCAUGCGGAUAAGGAUCAGGAAGGACGGUAAAGAAGUAGUAGAAAGUCGCGAAGUGACUAUCCAGUAUAUUUACAAUGUAUACUAUUGGAUGGUGAAUAUCGGUUCACUGGGAAGCAUUGCUACCACAUUGAUGGAGAAGUACAUUGGCUUCUGGUCUGCAUAUCUGCUGGAUCUAUGUGCUGUAGUACUUGCAGUUAUAGUUGUCCAUUUGGCGAAACCAAAGUUUGUCCAUCCUGUCACGCAAGGGUCUGUCCUCCCCCGUGCCGCUCGCUGCCUAUGGUAUGCUGCUCAGGGUGGUUUCAACCUGGACGCUGCAAGGCCAGAGUACCAGUUAGAGAACCAUCAGCGAGUAGUGCCAUGGGACAAGGAAUUCAUUUCUGAGCUUCGGGGUGCUCUGUCUGCAUUCAAGAUCUGCAUUGGGUGGCCUAUUUUCUGGGUAUGCAUGGGGCAGGGUGCUCAAGUCUCAAUCUCACAGGCUGGACAAAUGGAAACCCAUGGGAUUCCUAAUGACCUGAUCAAGUCAUCAAAUCCACUUGCCUACGUGAUCAUCGGUGUGCUUGUCCAGAAAAAGCUGUACCCUUUCCUCCAACGACGCAAGAUCUCCUUCAGCCCCAUCAACCGUAUUAGUCUGGGAUUCUUCAUUAUGUCAGUGGCCAUGGCAUAUUCUGCAGUCGUGCAGGUAAUCAUCUAUCGCUCCGGCCCAUGUUACUCCUAUCCACUGUCAUGCCCUGCGUCUUCUGGGGGCCGCACCCCUAACCAUGUGCAUGUCCUGCUUCAGCUGCCGACGUUUAUAAUAAUCGCCCUGGCUGAGGUAUUUUGCUGGCCAACUGGAUCAGAAUACACAUACUCCCAUGCCCCAAAGAGCAUGAAGUCAGUUCUGCAGGCAUGCUACAUCAGUACCGCCGGAGUGGGGUAUCUAUUGGGAAUGGCGUUGUCACCUCUGGCUAAGGAUCCUUUACUUGUGGUGCUCUGGUCCGUGACGGCCGCAAUGAUGUUUGUGACGGCCUGCGCUUUUCGGGUCGCCUUCAGGAACUUUUAG